GCCCAUGGCCCAAAAAUGUGAUUAUACCACUCAAUUAGUAACAACUGGAAAAUCGUUGCAAGAGGUAUACGAAUUUUAUAAUUUUCGAAAAAGAGAGAAAAAUGGCGGCAACGAGUGACGAAGAAAUGGACUCACUGCUCUCAGCUUUCAAUCAGAUCCACGAGGAUGUAAAGAGUAGCAUUUCGGAAUUCCAGUCACUGCAAUCCAAACACAGUUCCGAGUUAAAAUUGCGAGAAUCUCUCCAAAUCACUUGCAAUAACCUCAAAAAAGAAAAUGAAGAGUUGGCGAAACUGUAUUCGGAAUCCUUGAAGAAUGUGGCUGAUCAGCUUGAUUUUCGAGCGAAAUGCUUGCAUUUGAAAGAAGAGCUUGAAAGAUCGAAGAAUGAAGUUAUCUCUAAAGAAGAUGGACAUAGAAGGGCUGUGAAAUUGCUUGAGGAAGAAUAUGAUGGAAAAAUUGCUAGUUUAGAAGCGAAAGUUAAGGAAUCACUACAAGAGAAAGCAGCUUAUGAAGCAACCAUAAGUCAACUCAAUGGAGAUAUAGCAGCCCACAAAAACCAUAUGCAAGUCCUAGCAAACCGGUUGGACCAAAUCCAUUUUGAAGUGGAAUCAAAAUAUAGUUCUGAAAUCCGGGAUUUGAAAGAUUGCCUUACGGCUGAGCAGGAAGAGAAAAAUGACUUGAACAGAAAAAUGCAAAAUUUGGAAAAAGAAUUGCUGCUUUUUAAGGCAAAGAUGGUUGAUCAACAACAAGAAAUGACAUCAAAUUGGCAGGUGGAAACACUUAAGCAGAAAAUCAUGAAACUUAGAAAGGAGAACGAGGUCCUGAAAAGAAUGUUUUCUCAUACUGAAGAGGGUAAGUAAUGAUAACAAUUGAGUUCACGAGGAUACGGCAUAUAUCUGAUAUUAACAGGGUGAUAUACAUACUUUCUAAGCAUUGCAAGUUGUAACCAAGCCUCUAUUUAAAGGGGUUGAUGUAUAGGAAAAAAAGGCAAGCCUAAAUAAGUCUAUUGGUUAUGUUCUAUGAUGGAAAAUGACCCGAAAGAUCAUGGUUACACUAUUCUCAAGUCGAACCGGAAUUAGGUAUCCAAAGGCCGAAGCCCAUUGAAAUUUGAUCGCAACAUUAACAGACGUAAACAUCUUCUAGUAUAUAAUAGCAUAGACCAUUGAUUCGGUUAAAAACAAAAUUGAACCCCCUUUACACCCUUCUCGAUCUUGUCCACCAUCUACACCCACAACACCAUGUUUGUGUCCCUUUCAUUGUUGUACUCCUUAUCACAAUCACAGUCUUUGCACGCAUUAGACUCAGGCCUCAGUUGUGAACAACUCCAUCUUAUCAUUGUUAAUAUUAACUAUC